GAUCUUAUCCAUAUAUAUAUAUAAUUUAUUAAUUAUCAGAAAAAAAAAGUGAACGAAUGGGCAGACCACCUUGCUGUGACAAACUGGGUGUGAAAAAGGGUCCAUGGACACCUGAAGAAGAUAUCAUACUGGUCUCUUAUAUCCAAGAACACGGUCCUGGAAACUGGAGAUCGAUUCCCACUAACACAGGGUUACUUAGAUGCAGCAAGAGUUGCAGGCUUCGAUGGACUAAUUAUCUCAGGCCGGGCAUCAAGCGUGGUAGCUUCACCGAGCAAGAAGAGAAGACGAUUAUCCAUCUCCAAGCCCUUCUGGGAAACAGAUGGGCUGCCAUAGCUUCUUAUCUUCCUCAAAGAACAGAUAAUGAUAUAAAGAACUAUUGGAACACCCACUUGAAGAAGAAGCUUAGAAGUGGUCAAGACCAAGACGGGGUUUCUUCGUCUCAAUCGGUCUCCAAGGGACAGUGGGAGAGAAGGCUUCAAACCGAUAUCCGAUUGGCUAAACAGGCGCUGUCCGAGGCGUUUUCGACGGAUUCGAAGCCGUCAAACGAGUCGUCGUAUGCGUUGAGUGCCGAGAACAUAUCUCGGUUGCUCGAGAACUGGAUGAAAGCCACGCCCAAACCAGUCACCGCCGGUUUUGGCGGCGGCGGUGUUGGUGGCGAUAAUCGAACGAACUCGGCUGACACGGUGACUCAGGGUUCGUUCAUCAACGGCUCCUCCGGGAACACCUCUAGUGGUGACGGAGGAGCAUUCAGCGGCGAAACGACACCGUUCGACUCAAUUUUCAGCUUCAACAAAUCGUGCGGUUCAUCGGAUAACGAUUCGCAUGAAUCUGUAUCGGUGGAGGAGCAGAACGCAAAUUUGAUGACGUCAGAAAACGGCGUCGUCUCCGAAGAUGAAAGCAAGCCAAAUUUUGGGGAUCUAAUAGAGAGAUGGCUAUCGGAAGAUGGGUUAUUUUGAAGAAGAAAAAUAAAUCUAGUUUUAGUUAGGGUUAUUGCCUUAUCUUUUAAGGUAUUUAUUCGAUGCGUUA